GAACAGUUGCGGAACUCAAAUAAUUUGCAUUGCGGUGGCAGUUCUAUCACUCAUAGUUUGCCGGUGGAUGAGUAACAAGGAUCUAGAGAGAUGAAAGCAUUCUUACUUUGUGUGAUGGUCCUGUUUGGAGCUGCCUGUUCAUUUUUUUAUGAUGUUUCCGAGGAGUGUAUAGUUGAAGACGAAAAUUUAAACUGCAUCUGCCACAAUCGUGAAAGCUUCACAUUAAGCGCCUCCUUGCUCUUCGAUAUCAGACAUAUAACUGUCAAAGGCUGUGGCACAGUUGAUGUUCCAUUCGGUGCUCUGAAUUAUCUACAGUUGAAAACAUUUCAAGUUUUAGAUGUCGAAAUCCUGGUUAUUAACCCCUUCGCUUUUAUGGAAGUUAAAGCAAUUAAUUUCUUUAGGAUAUCAGAUGUCACUAAGUUUAGUUUGAAAGAACAUGGUUUUAUAGGAUUGCUUAACGUCAAUGAACUAAUCUUUAAUAAUAUUACAGCCCCAGAACUAUCGCCGUACUCUUUAGGUUUCGUAUCUAACAUACAACAUUUCCUCAUUGAAAAUUCUCGCUUUGCUCAUUUGGGUGAUUUCUCUUUUGUUCUCACAAAUGUUUCUACAUUUAAAAUUAUUAAUACUAAAUUUCAAGAACUAAGAAACAACACUUUUAAAAUAAUAAAUUCAGAAGAAGUAGUUUUUGAAAACUGCUAUUUUAAAAACACUAACCAAAUGAGCUUUUCGCUGUCUGACAUAAACACAAUUAAAUUUCAAAGCUGUGAGUUUGGAAUCGUAUCCAACUCAGCAGUUGUAACUAAUGACGCAGAAACUUUCAUUUUUAAGAAUUGUUCCAUAGAUAGAUUAGAAAGAGGAGCAUUUGAAUUCUUAGAAGUUUCAGAAAAACUUAUUUUCACUUAUAACAAGAUCAAAAUGGAAAAUGCUUGUGCAGUUCUGCCGAGUGUAAUAAGCAACAUAUCGAUGAACUUAAAUGUAGAAGAUUGUUGCAAUAGUUUUCAGUGUUGCAACUGUGCUAAUUUUUGGAUAUUGUCUUCAGAAUAUUCUCCAGUUGAUGAUGUCCUUCUUCAGCAAAGAAAUUGCAUUGAUGACAUGUCUAUGAACGAUAUUACUUCCUUUCACACUAAUGACACCUCAAUUAAAUGCAUAGAUUUUGAAUUAAAGUCUGUUCAACAUAAGGCAGAAUUUCCAUCUAAAAAAGCAUCAGUUUAUAAAUCAAAGGGACUUAGCUUGAACUCGUCAGUGACAAAUUUAUUUACGCAUUUACUUUUGUUCUUUAUUUCACUAAGAUACUUCAUAACGUGAAUAACCUUAAAACUUAUAGAAAGUUUCAAGUGUGUAAAAUUUAGUGCUUAUUUUUGUGCUCUUAAAACAGGUAAAAAAGUGUUUUUAUCAUCACUAAAUAUCCAUUUUUACUGCUAACGAAGGCAAUGAGCUUAUAUGUCUAUGUCUGUAUUUAAGAUGAAAUGUGUUUUAUUAAUAUUUUCAGUACGAUUAUAUCAGGACUGUUAAAAAUAUUUGAAAUGUCAUAUAAAUCACGCAGGUAGUGUUUUAUAAAUACGUGUAUAAAAUUACAGCUUUGUGGUAAUUCUGUAAUUAUAAAUCUUUAUGGUUUACACGAAAUCUGAAAUUCACUCUCAAUAUGUAUAUCUACGUAAGAUGCUUCAGAAACGUUUCAUGUCUAAAGUUUCUUGAUUCAGAAAUAUCCAAAAACGAAAAUAUUUUCAAACUGCAAAAUCCAUGAAUUUUGGACAAGAAAUGGGUUAAAAAUUGACUCAGUUUUCUUAUAUAAUAACUUCGAUGUUUAUUUUUAAUAUUCUGCUAUAAUGUUUUCUUUCAUAAGUUAAUGUUAAGAGUAUCUGAAAUAAAGUUUUUUUCGCACUGAGUGAUAUGUAUAUGACAUUGAAUAAAGUUAUAUUUAUGAUACUGAACAAAAUAUCUCAAGUCUCAUUUAAAAUGGAAGAAUUUUAAGUACGUGAAUUGUGUUUAUACAUUUGGAAUCAUUCCCAAAAAUAUAUUUAUGUAUUCACUUUUCUGUACCUCACUAAUACUGUAUUUGGCGGCAUAUAAGACGCACAUUUUUUCCUAAAUUUGGUCUCAAAAAAGUUACCUGCGUCUUAUACGUGAAGGACACAGUCUUAAACGCGAAGGUAAUUGCAUUCAAUAAUUGUUUAUUUGGCUUUUACGAAACGUGAGAACUAAAAGAAACCACGUUAUUGAAACUUUUUUUCCUUGUGUGUGGCUGUCUAAAUAAGAGUGCGUCUUAUGUGCCAGUGCGUCUUAUAUGCCGUCAAAUACGGUAAGUGACGUGAUUUCUAUGUAAAUACAAAGUGCGUCUACAAAGUUUUAGGACAAAAUUCGAGCAAAAUCAAAGACUAGUGAAAAAAAACAUUUUUAUUUCAGUAUGCAAUCCAUGCAAGUCUGAACAAUACUACUUGAUUCCCUCGUAGAACUCACAUUUUUAUAAUACUGUAAUUCUCUGAUUACUGUUUUCUGAAUUUCUGCAGUGCUAUUGAAAUAUUGACCUGUGAGAUAAGCGUGUGUUUAGGGUAUGUAAAGUAGAUUUUAAAAGACAAAUCUUGGGAAUAAAGGUUUUGAUCGAGGUAGCUCACUAUUUUCAUUGCUAGAAACUGCUUGACGAAAUGAGAUUGUCUGGCAGUACAUUAUGUCUUCGUAAAAUAUGGAGUUCACCGCCUAGCUCUCGGCAGCAAGUUUCUUGGGAAUUAUUCCUUUCCAAUCGCAUCAGUUAUCAACAUGGGUUUACUCGAUUAUUGCUGAAAACCGACGUUUUUGUGGUAGUAGUAAACUUUCUCCAAACAACCCAUUCAUACGAUUGCCGUUUUACUUUAGCAUCAUGUGCAAAGCACCAAAUUUGAUUUUCAGUCACAGUUUGUUAAAAAAAAAAAUCAGGAUUAAUGUCUGCCGUUUGGAUUAAAUCAGAAAAUGUAGAAAUUUGAUCUUCUUUCUGUUCUGCAGUCACUGUGCAAGGGUCAAAACAAGAACCUUUUCUUUCCACAAUUAUCCUAGUUGUCGAACCCUGUUGGUGCUCUCAUCAUUUCGGAAUGCCGAAGGGCAGCUAUUUUCCCAGGUUUAUCAUCAAUAUCUUCUUGUCCAUACCAAAGAAAAGAUACUGAAUUCUGUGAAUGCUUGAUCCCGUAUACUUUACAAAAAAUUUUCAACAUAUUAGUUGUCAUUUCUUCUUCUUUACUGCAAAACGUUAUUGCUUCUUUUCUCAUCUUCGAGUAUAUGACAACGGAUUUUCCCUGGUGCAAAGCAAAUGAUUAAUUCCUUUGCAAAUUUUGUUAACAGUCUAGUAAUAUUUUAGGAAAAGCAAGUUAAGAUGUAAUAUAUACUGCCAAUUACCGUUUGGUGGGUUUGCUGGUGUUUGUUUAAAAAUUAGUUCUAAAACUUUAUUGACACACUGUGUAUAUAGUGCUUUGUAAUUCUAUAUAUGUCAUGUAAUUAAAAGAACUUGAAGUUUUG